CUUCUUCCCUCAUACAUCAGUUUUCAUCGAACUUGACAUCCGAUUUUAUCGCAUAUCAAAGCUUCCCAAUUACUGUUGUUCAAACAUCAACUCUUCACUUGAACAAUUUGUUCUCGUCAAGAUGAAUGCCAACGCAAUCUUCAAGGCGUAUGUCGGCCCAUGCGCCCGCAAUUCACCAGAUUUCUGGCUCAAAGAUGUCCAAACUGCCACCAAAAAAACCCCCAACGCACAUAUCGUGCUCAAAAACAAAGAACUUGCUAUUACUGCUCUUGAAACCGAACGAAAGUUCCAAUCUCAGCAAGCAAACACAUUGGCCAAUCUCAAAGCCAAGAAAGCCCACCAUGCAAUUCUGCAACAAAAAGAAAUGCAAAAGUUCACCAAGAAAUUCCAACGCCUCCAAAAAGCUAUGUGGUUAGCUGAGGCCGGAGGUAUCCCCAAGGGAUUCGAAGAAUAUCCUCUCUAUGGUGGUGGCGACGAUGAAGUGACUGAGGCUAUCAAAGAUAAGCUUCAUAAGGAUUUACUCGCUAUCAACCUUGCAGUCGAAAAGACAAAAGCAGUUGCAGCUGAGAUCGAAAAAUCCAUCAAGUUUGCCUCGAAGAAGAUCACAAUCAGAUGAUCAUGGCACGACAAAAAUACACACUGGGACGACCCUCC